UUUCCACCUCUAUAAGCCUUUCUGAAAGAAGGAGAAAAGAACUGCAGUUUGCCUGCAAGUUCCUCGUCGAUUUAUCUUUAUUCCCUGAGAAUAUCCCUGGCUCAGCUCCCCUCGCUUUCAACAUGCCCGUCGUUGCAGGACCUCCUCAGGCCCACGGCCCCUCUACUUUCGACAAGAUGAAGAUGGGUGCUAUGAUGGGCUCAACUGUUGGCGGUAUCAUGGGCUUCAUCAUCGGAACUGUCACUAUCUUCCAAUACGGUGCCGGACCCAACGGUGUUAUGCGGACCUUGGGUAAAUACAUGCUUGGCUCUGGGGCGACUUUCGGUCUCUUCAUGUCCAUUGGCAGCGUCAUCCGUACUGAAGGACCUCACAACGAUGCUUGGCUUCGCGCUCGGGGUCCCCCGAUGAUGCUUCCUCGCCAAAGCCCUCUGCGGCCCAUGCGCCAGUAGACGCACAGUCACCGAUUUAUGCGCAGCGGUCGAACGGUGGGAACGUGAAACUUCCCGCGGGUUAUCUGUACAAUAGUAUUUAUCCUGAUGAACAAUUUGUAUGGCCCACGGGUCAACAGUUAAUGCAGGAGAGCGGUUGGGAAGAGGCAGGGGUGAUCUCUGCAUAAUGUACAUACAGUCUGGGCAUCGGGACGGACUGAAAACAUUUUUGGCCCGGUGACAGGAUGUCUCUUGGCGUUACAACAAAGCUAACCGGUUAAUGAAGGAUGGUCAUGAGCAAACGACCUGAAGAAUGAGGUAGUCGAUUGACUCAAAUCUCAAUAUAGGACUAGUAGAGUCGGU